UCAGCCAUGGAGCUCACCAUGGAGAACAUUCACAGCGUCUCCUCCGCGCACUCUCAGGCGAGAGACCUCAUGAGCUCCCCGCACGCGCGGCCAUCUCCGUCCCCCAGCUCCACUCCACGGAAUCUGGUCUCACACGACCCUGGCUCGCGGUCAGCCAUGGUCACCGGCAUGGCCUCGCUCCUGGAGGGCUCCGGCGGGGACUAUCGGACAGACCCGUCUUCACUGUCCGGUCACCUGCACCAGUCCAUCAGCAUGUGCGAAAGCGGGAUGAGCCUCAGCAACACGUACACCACCCUGACCCCUCUGCAGCAUCUACCUCCCAUAUCCACCGUGUCGGAUAAGUUUCACCACCCGCACUCACACCAUCACGCUGCCGCCGCACACCAACGACUCUCUGCCGGGAACGUGAGCGGCAGCUUCACGCUGAUGCGGGACGACCACCGGGGGCUCGCGUCCAUGGGCAAUCUCUACAGUCACUACCCCAAAGAGAUGUCUGUGUCCGGGAUGGGCCACGGUUCGCUCUCGCCGCUGUCCAGCGGACUGGGCUCUUUGCACAACUCUCAGCAGCCGCUUUCAGCGUACGGUCCGAGUGCGCACCUCUCCAACGACGCCAAAAUGCUCUCUCCGGUGUCAGGGUUCGAGUCCCACGCAUCCAUGCUAUCCCGAAGUGACCAGGAGCACUUGGUGCGGAGUUUAGGGGGUCACGGUCACGGCAUGAUCUCCAACCUCAACGGCAUGCACCACCACCCGCACACUCACCUCCACUCCCAGGCGAAUGGCGCGGUGAUGCUCGGGGAGCGGGAGAGGCACGGCCACGCAGGCGGCGGACAUGGAGUAGCUGGGUCGAACAUUCAAGCGGAGGAAAUCAACACAAAGGAAGUGGCUCAGAGAAUUACUGCCGAGUUAAAGCGCUACUCCAUCCCGCAGGCCAUAUUCGCCCAGAGGAUCUUGAGCCGGUCGCAGGGAACCCUCUCUGACCUGCUCCGGAACCCCAAACCCUGGAGUAAGCUCAAAUCAGGCCGAGAGACCUUCAGGAGGAUGUGGAAGUGGCUGCAGGAGCCAGAGUUUCAGCGGAUGUCUGCUCUCCGACUGGCGGCAUGUAAACGUAAGGAGGAAGACCGAGGACGAGAGCGGAACCAGGUGCCAAAGAAGCAGCGACUGGUCUUUACCGACCUGCAGCGUCGCACCUUGGUAGCCAUCUUCAGAGAGAACCGCCGCCCCUCCAAAGAGAUGCAGAUCACCAUCUCUCAGCAGCUGGGCCUGGAGCUCUCCACCGUCUCCAACUUCUUCAUGAACUCACGCCGCCGCUGCCCGGAGCGCUGGGACACAGAGGAGCACGGGGCGCACGGGGCGCACGGCCACGUACACACUCCUCACGGACACAGCACCAACAAUAACAACGCCUCACUGAUCCAACCUGGUACCUCCUCUGCAACCACGUUUUCUAAAGCCUAGCGCUGGCGACAUUGGACACAUGCAUGGAGGAUGGGGGAGG